AUGGCUCUGAUCCAACUCGUCACCGUGCACAGCACGCGCCUCUUUGCGAUCCUCCUCAUCGCGGCUGCGGCUCUAGCUCUGCAUAAGCUUAUUACCCGGCGCGGCUCCGCAAAACGCCGGAACCUCCGGCUACCACCGGGCCCACCCGGCGAACCGAUCCUAGGCCACCUCCGCGUCAUACCGACCGACAAUCCGGAGUAUGCUUACGCCGCUUGGUCGAAGGAGUACAACUCUGAUGUGUUGUACUUCAACGUGCUGGGACAGGAUGUUGUUGUGCUCAACUCGGUCAAGGCAGCUGUCGACCUGCUCGACAAGCGCGGCGCGAACUACUGUGACCGCCCCCGCUUUGUGUUAUUCGAGGAGAUGGGAUGGAAGAAAACGUUAACAUUCCUGCGAUGGGGCCCCGAGUUCCGCAUGCACAGGAAGAUUCUUCAAAGGAGCUUUCAAAAAUCAAAUAUUCAGGUUUACCAAGACUUGCAGGAGAGAGAGGCCAAAACCCUGGUUGAGGGAAUCCUGAAGCAACCCGAGGCUUGGGAAACGGCGUUGAGGAGGUUCGCCACUGCCAUUGUCAUGAACAUUGGUUUUGGGGUCGAGGUUACAAGCGACAAUGACCCAUACAUUCAAAUGGCCAUCGAUGCAUCCUACGCUCUCGGCCACGGAGGGGCGCCAGCUGGCACUUUGGUUGAUUUCUUUCCAUUCAUAAAGCACCUCCCAGACUGGCUUAUCAGAGAUCGCUCUCUCAAGUUUGCCCGGGACUGGAGGUGGGCCAUCCGGCGGAUUCACGACGCACCAUAUGCCGCUGUCACAGCACAAAAGUCCCCCGAGCACAGUCUGAUCAAGAUAUUGCUCGACCAGAGAGAGACACAGUUGAAAAGCGGUUUCUCAGAUCUAUCAGAGGACGACAUCAAAGGCGCUGCAGGAGCUGUUUAUGCUGCAGGGCAGGAUACGACUUGGUCCACUCUAGUGGUGUUCGUACUCAACAUGGUUCUCCACCCUGAAAUCCAGGAGAAGGCCCAAAGAAUUGUUGACGAAGUCGUUGGAGAGGACAGACUGCCGACGUUUGAAGAUCGGCCAAAACUGCCAUAUAUCGACUACAUCGUCCAAGAGACAUUACGGUGGUGCCCUGUAUCACCAAUCGGGGUGCCGCACCGAUCGUUACAAGAUGAUGUUUACGAGGGAAUGUUCAUUCCCAAGGGAUCGCUGGUUUAUGCUAAUGCACGUGCAAUGACUCACGAUGAACACACAUACUCUGAUCCUGAAUCGUUCAAUCCUGAUCGGUAUAUCCCUGUCGAGGAGGGGGGCCUUGGUGAGCCCUUUCCUACGGGACAGUUUGGUUUCGGUCGAAGGAUAUGCGUUGGGAAGCACCUGGCGGAAGCCAGUGUGUGGAUCGUGGUUGCAUCUAUGCUGGCAACAAUGAGUAUCAAGCAAGCAACCGGUCCUGGCGGAAGAAAGAUCGUCCCUCGAGUUGAGUUAACCAAUGGGCUAACUAGCCACCCGAAACAGUUCGAGUGCCAGAUUGUCCCAAGGAAUAGAAGCAAAACAUCUUCAUAG